CGCUCUCCGGCGGCCACGAUUUCCGCUUCUCCACCACCACUUCUCCGACGAGUUCAGGUGCGAAAGAAAUCCGUCUUCUUCUUUGAUCUGCCAGCAACAGCAUCCAUAUCAGCAUCGUUUUCAAUUCAGUCUCGUCAUCCUGUAAACCGGAGAGCUCGAUUUUGGAUCGAGAAUGGCCAGCGUGCGGAGGUCGCUCUCGGGCGUUCACAGAAUCUUCAGGCACGCCGCCGCGUCCCGUCGGAGCUCGAUCGCCGCUCCACCUCCAAGCUACUCCGAGGCCCUUCUAAGGCCUCAAAAUGGCUGGGUCUCGCAUUUUUCUAGCAGUGGUAACGGCGAUGCUGGCAAUCGAUUCCUAGACAUUGAUUUGUCCAAUGAAGAGAGCAAGAGGCAAUUGUUCAACAGGUUGCUGUACAGGAGUAGGCAGAGAGGGUUUCUGGAGCUGGAUCUGGUGUUGGGGAAAUGGGUGGCGGACAAUAUUUAUUCCAUGGAUGUCAAUGGGAUUAAAGCACUCAUCAAUGUUCUUAACUUGGAAAACCCUGAUCUCUGGAAGUGGCUGACUAACCAGGAGCAACCCCCAGAGGCUGUAAAAAUGAAUCCGGUUUUCUCAGCGGUGUAUGAGAAAGUCAUGAACAAUCUCAACAGUCACUCCGCUCCCGAGACAAGGGCGUUACCUGGGCAGCCAUGGGUGAGAGGGUGGGAUGAUAUCAAGAAAGGCCAAGAUGGCCCUGUUGCCGGGAAUCAGUAACUCUGGCUAUAUCUGUGAAAUUAGCAGGUUUGGAGUAUAUUACAAGUACUGGGCAAGGAUCUGAAGCUGUGUUAAGUUUGUCAUUAUAAUGUGUAAUAUGUAUAAUCUAUGACAUGAAUAAGGGCAGUGGUUUUAUAAGGAGGAAAUAAUGUAGCCCCUCAUUUGGCGCACGAGUAAUGCCCACUUUGAAUUCAUGCGUA